CACAUUUUUCAAUAUAAUUUAAUAAUGUUCUAUGUGGUCUAUUUAAUCGCUUUAAGGUUUUUCGAAGUAAUUGUAAACAGAAUAAUAAUAUUGUAAUAUAAGUUAUUUAACAAAAUUUAGAUAAUAGUACGUUGAUAUUAAUAAUAUGUAAUUAAAAAUAAAAAAAGGAGUUGAUAUAAUUUGUCUAAGAAAAUCAAUUUGAUAAACUGUCAAAUUUUUUAAGAUAUAUUUUCCAUGCUUUAAAAAAUAUUAAAAGUUAUCUUUAAUGUCAUUGAAAUAUUCAGAAAGCAUUGAUACAUCAAAGCUUUCUUUUAGAAAUGUAGAUGGAAAGAAGUUAGGAUUAAGCGAAGGCUGUUCGAGCCCUAACUUUAAAUCCUAUGGUGUUAUAAAGUUCAUAUUAUACAAUGAUGAGCCAGUAAAUGUUGUUGUUUCCAGUAUUUCGCUUGUUUGUGUAACGUUAUUAUUGUGGAUAACAUUUGAUAGUAUUAUACCUUUUCUUAUAUCUACUCUCUCUUUAAUAUUGUACUUUAAAAAUUACCUUACUUCAACGAACAAGGAUAUAUUAUUAAUAGUACCAUCAAUUGGUAUACACAUUACUGUAGAGAAAAGAUUCGCUGGUUUUAACUUGUACACGUUCUUACCUUGGGAUACUGUUGAAGAUUUGUUUAUCAACGAAGUUAUUACGAGACAAAGAGUUUUAUAUUAUUUAACAUUCAUAGUAAAGGAAUCGGUCAAUGGUAGAAAUCAAAUAAAAUUGGUUCCUUUAUUUGAAAAUCUUUUACCAGAGAGAAAAUGCCUGGAGUACAUAUACACAAAAUUAGCGAACUUAGUUGGUUCGAGCAACAGGAGGAAUCUAAACUAACUAUACCUGGGUCUUAUUGGCUAUGUCAUAAAAAUAAAAUUUAUAAAUUUUCUUUUAUGUAUCAUCAUACGAUGAGAGAUCUUAAGGAAUUCGCAUAUGGAAAAGAAUUACUGAAAGUUAUUAGAAGAAUUAUUAAAAGUCAACCAUGUCAAGGACAACAAUUUGUUACCAAACAUAUUCUCGUGACUUACAAUCAUUCAUCGUGGACUCGUCAGGACAAAAUGUUUGCCACUCUUAAAUUUAUGACUCAUAAGGAAGUCACUACAGUUUCACGAGCAAUUAUGUUAACUAUAAAAAUUAUUAAAGAUGAAACUUAUGAAUCGAGAAUACUUAAGAGAGAUAAAGUAAAACAUUUAGAAAGUGAUAUUAAAACAGAUAGAAGAAAUUCAAAUGUUUACAAAUUAAAAGUCAAUGUUACGAAUACGAAUAAGCAUAUAAGUAAUUUAAAUUUAAAUGAUGAUCUAAGUAAUUUGGCUUUAUCAAGCAUAAAUAAUGAAAAAACGAAAGAUAAACUUAAUAUAAUAAAAUGUAAUGAUAGGGACUUAUCAAAUAUUUCGACAAAUGAAUGCGUAAGCGUAGAAAACGAAGAUGUAAAUAAAACCAAUAAUUGUUCGAUAUCAUUUAAGAAAGAAAAAAGAAAAGAGGAUGAAUUUUAUAAUAAUAUAGAGAAACCAUCUUCAUUAAAUCGAAUAGAAUUCCAAGAACUGAUACAACAAAAGGAUUCUGAAUUACAAUUAAAUGGUAAUGUGAUAACACAAGGAAGUAAUAUAAUUAAUUCAAACGACGAAGGUAUUAUAGAUUCCGCUAACUUACCGUAUCAAUAUUUAAUAGAAAAAGAAAUAGAAAAUGCAAAGAAGAUUGUUAAAUAUCCAUUGUCGAAUGCCAAUAAAUCAAUUACCGUAUAUGAAGAAUCGAGCAUAGAUUCUACAACCAAGUCUGAAAAUAAGUAUGUUAAUAAGAUAUCAAAAGAAAAGAAUUCAAAUGAUAAGAAUUGUACAAAAAAUAAAGUUCCUGAAAUGGCACAAACUAAUGAAGAACAAUGUACAAAUGAUCUUUCAAUGGAUUCAAAAAAAUUAUUAAUCAGUUACGAGAAAACGAUUAAAGAUCAUAAUAAAUUAAAAAAGCUUGGAGAAUCUGAAAAAAACGUGGACAAUGGUAUGGUAAAAUCUUCUAAUAUUACCGAUUUAAUAAUGAAAGGUCGUAUGUUUAUGAUUCAACAGGAUCAAGAUAGUGUAUCGGUUGUGGAACAAGAAACAAAAUCGGAUACGGAUGAAGUAUUAGAAAAUUCGGAAAAAUUCGAAACCAAAGAGGGAGAGAAAUGUUUGUUAAAUUCUAGUUUAUUGAAAUUAACAAAUUUAGUAACGAUGAUUGAAAUGCCUAAAGAGAUUAUUAAAAGUAAUUGUAAGAGUAAAAGUACAUUACAUAAUAUAAACAAUAAUUUAUCCUUGGAUUCGAUGCUUAUAAAAAAAGAUUCUGCUAGCAAUCAGUGUAUCGAUACACAGAUUAAUGCAAUGCAUCCGUCCAUGUCAAUGUUUAAUUUACAAGAUAUUCCUACAUCGAGCAAGUCAUGCCUACAGUAUGAAGAAUACGAAUCAAAUAUGAAUAAUUUGGAAAGCGAAGAAAAUAAUAUUUCUUUAAAAAUUCAAUCCUGUGAUAACGAAUCUGCAAAUAUUUGUAAAGAAACAUUUAAUUCUACUGAAAGACUCAAUGUCACAAAUCAUUCUAUAGUCGAAUCAGCUCUGAAUGAUUCAGAGGGUACAGAAGGUACUAAAAUUGCUAAUAGUAGCAAUUCUGAAAAUAUUAGUUUAAAUAGUACUUCUAGCUAUCCGAGAAUAAUUUCUGAUCAAAUUAUAACGAUAGAUCAAAUUCCAUGGGGUUUACAAGAAAUAGUCAAAGAAAGAUUAACAAAACGCAAUACAUCUAUAAACAGCAAAUCGAACUUGCACAAUACUUCAUUAAAUGAUACAAUUUUAAUGUUACCUAAUGAAUCAACAAAUUUAGAAAUGAAAUCAUGUAAGACUGAUUUAUUUAAUGUAGAAAAACAUUUAACGCCACUGACUGAUAAUAUUGAAACAGAUAGUGAUGACACGUCAACUGUAUGCUCGAAUAUUGCAGUCGUGGAAGAAACAGAAAUGCCAAAUAGAAAAAGAAAACGAUCUGACAAUUAUGACAAUGACAACGCAAAGAAGCAAUGCUUUGAAAUAGAGAAUUAUGAAACAUUAUCAUCUCCUAAAUGUAAAAUAUAUUCUUCGAUGAACAAAAAAGAAAAAGGUAUAAAAGAAAAAAAAGUUUGUAAAUACAAUACAAAGAUGUCGACUGGUUUAGUUAAAAUAAAAAAUUCUCGUGUGCCUAACAACAAAUUGCAAGACAUUACAGAAGAAUUUUAUCAGGAUUUAAUGCAACAUAACGAGCAUAGUAAUAAUUGCAAAGAGAAAUUUUUGAGCCAUGCAGAAAGAUCUUAUUUAGAAACUAAUGUAAAAAGUAAUAGUACACGGAUAAAGAUGUUAAAGUUUAUAGAAGAUAUUACAAGAGGCGUUAAAGUUGUUGUCAAACGUAUGAACAUAAACAGUAUUUCCAGUAUUAUAGGCAAUAGUUCCUCUUUAGCCUAUGUUAAAUUAAUGAAAAGUAGUAAACAUUAGAAUAAUAGCUUCAACACAGUACGUAAAAUACUAGGGAGUGCUUUUUCUUAUAUAACAAUAAGAUUAAAUGAUACUCUAUACAAAUGUAUAUUCUGUAUUCCAAUUUUUUUUUUUAUUUAAAAAUUGUUAUGAAAUAUAAAUUAUGAUAAAAUUA